GUGUCCCUUUGUUGGAAGGGCUUUAAAUUCCCGCUCCCGCCGGCCGUGCAGCGCCGUCGGUGCCGGAGUGCAGGCCCCACGAUCAGCCGCAGCCUCCCGCAGUGACCGUGGGCAGGUGCUCGCUGAGCCGCCGGCACAGGGGCCCCAGCGCCUGGCCAGACUGAGGCGGGGGGUUGUCGGUAGCCCCUGAUGAGCGGGGAUGGCCCAGCCUGUGCCUGCUUUGAAAGACCCAUUGCUGCCUUCCGCUCCCUCUCUGCCCCCCUGAAGGAGGCGAAUGCCCCUGUCCAGGAGCGGGGCUGCUUCCUAGCAGAGCGGUCACCCAGCUGCCCUGGGGAGAGGUGACACUGGAAGGUCCCCCAUGCUCUCCGGGCCUAGGCUGGGACUGGGGGUGUGAGGUGGGCCUGAGCUCCCGCAGGGAAUGUAGGACCGAGCUGAUCUCUUCCCAGAACACUCUCUGGGGUGGCAGCUUUCUCAGGCCUUGUUCUUUACCUGGGGUUAACUAAUGCCCGUGAUGGAUCCGGGGAACACCCACCCUGUCUUUAGUUUCACUGUCAGGUAAAUUAGGCCAGGUCACCUGCAGCCAGUGGGUUGCCUUCUGCUUAGCUCUCACUCCCUUGGGAAGAGGGAUUGCCUGACAGACAGCUCCCCAAGUCUUCAGACUGGGGGUGGGUUCAAAGGGAAGCUGCAUUCCCUGUAUCUUACUACACCAGAGUGCCAAGAUGCCAGCUUCCUUUUAAUUUGGGAUCGUAUCCUCUCCUGCUGGCAUGUGGCGAGGCAAUGAGGAUCUAGUGGAGCCAGGCCUGAAAAGAAGCCAGGGAGUGCUGCCUCCAUGGAGACAAUGAAACUCAUCAUUCUUGAGAACUAUGCGCAAGCCAGUGAGUGGGCUGCAAAAUACAUUAGGAAUCGAAUUAUCCAGUUUAACCCUGGCCCGGACAAAUACUUCACUCUUGGACUUCCCACAGGAAGCACUCCUUUAGGAUGUUACAAAAAGCUGAUUGAGUAUUACAAGAAUGGAGACUUGUCCUUCAAAUAUGUGAAAACCUUUAAUAUGGAUGAAUAUGUAGGUCUCCCAAGGGAUCACCUGGAAAGUUAUCACUCCUUCAUGUGGAAUAACUUUUUCAAGCACAUUGACAUCUCUCCAGAAAACACCCGUAUUUUGGAUGGAAAUGCAACUGACCUACAGGCGGCGUGUGAUGCUUUUGAGGGGAAAAUCAAAGCAGCUGGUGGAAUCGAACUCUUUGUUGGAGGUAUUGGCCCAGAUGGUCAUAUUGCCUUCAACGAGCCCGGCUCAAGUCUGGUGUCCAGAACUAGAGUGAAGACGUUGGCUAUGGACACCAUCUUGGCUAAUGCUAGAUUCUUUGAUGGCGACCUCUCCAAAGUCCCCACAAUGGCGCUCACAGUUGGAGUAGGCACAGUCAUGGAUGCUAGAGAGGUUAUGAUUUUAAUCACAGGAGCCCAUAAGGCAUUUGCUUUGUACAAAGCCACUGAGGAAGGGGUAAACCACAUGUGGACAGUAUCUGCCUUUCAGCAGCAUCCCAGCACUGUCUUUGUGUGUGAUGAGGAUGCCACCCUAGAACUCAAAGUUAAAACAGUGAAAUACUUUAAAGGUUUAAUGCUUGUUCAUAACAAGCUUGUGGAACCCUUAUAUAGUAUGAAGGAAACAGGAGCAGAAAGAAGACAGUCUAAGAAGCCGUACAGUAACUAGUUUCUUGGGGGCUGGUGUGAUGCUAAGCAGGCUCCUCUUGGAAACCAGCAGAGGAGGAAUCCCUACACAUUCUUCUUGUACUUGUUCAUAAAUCAGGGGAGAUGUGCUCAUUAUUGUCUCCAUCUUUUAAAAGAGAUGAAUGCUGAGUACAUUGGGUUUAAUAAACUAGAUGAGGAUGGGA